AUGGUCUUCAAGCCGUUUACCCACCUCGCGCGUCAGAGUUUCACCAAAGCCUUUACUCAUGGCUAUGCUCAAUCCGUAGUCGCGGCCUCGCAGUCGUCAUACGCGUCAACCACCACAUUUAACCAGAUUGCCAGUCAACCUGCCGCUAAGCUAUCUCGGACGACGCAGCUACAAAAUGUUUUCCAGCCAUCUAGCUCGUCUGGUGCGGGCGCCAAGGCCAGCCAGGGCACUUCGGGCUCCGGCGAUUUGGGCUUGGCUGCCUACUAUGCUGCCUGGCAGCAUGCCCAGCAGACAGGCGAUGACAGUGACUGGAAGCAGAUGCAACUGAAAAGGAAGGUUGGCUGGAAGCCGUCCUUGAACGAAGAUGGCGUCAAAUCGAAGGAGUCCGACCACCUGCCCUCGGCCGACAACAACUUUCAUAAUUCGCCUCAUAUCACCAAGGCAUCCGCCAACGCAGAUGUCAGUGCCAAGGUUGAAGAGGCUGUAGCCCGGGAGAUUCAGAUACAGGAGGAGCAGGCUCAGGUCGACGAGGCUUCCGAAGCCAAGGAGAACACGGAUACGGAAGCUUUCCCUGAUUUGCCCCCGGAUGUCGCCGCUGUCGCCGAUGCCUCCACCGAGCAAUCCCGCCUUGCUUCGGAGCACAUCACCGAUCUGGCUUCGAACAAUAAAUACGCUGAGAUCCCCGGAGCAUUUGCAACAAUUUUGCGGGAUGGUCUUACGCCUACGGUCGGUGCCUACAAUGCUCUGCUCGAAUCGGCCAUUCAACUCCAUGGCGAUACUGCUCAGGCCAUCCAGAAAGCCCUGGAUGUCUACUCGGACAUGCUUCGUCGCAGGGUAGUUCCCGACGAGCAGACCUACCAAACUUUGGUGCAGCUGUUCGUGGUCCGUGCCAACGAUGCCAUCAAAUCCAAGAGCCUGCUGGAGCAGGAGCGUGCUCGCUACGGUGGUAUGGAAGAGCCGGGCAAGUUCAUGUUGCACUCCAGUGAGCUGGAGCGCGCCAUUCUUGCCGAGGAUCACUCGCUGGGAAUUGCCAUGAAGCUGUUCAACACCGCCGCCACGCGUCAUGCCGAUCUCGUCUUCCCUCUCGACACCUACCGCCAUCUGAUCAGCGCCUGUGCAAAGGAGGGCCAAGUCGAAGACAUGGUCCGAGUGUAUGGACAUAUGGAGUCCCACAAGGUGACCCCGCACGCUUCGAUUUUCCCAUCCAUGAUUGACGCCUUUGCCUCUACGGGAGAUCUGCAGAGUGCUGUGGAAUGUUACAACGAAUACAAGGGAUUGGCGGUUUCGGAUGAUAACGGAACCUUCUGCAUUGUGCAACGGUUGGAUGGGCAGGUUUACGCUGCUCUGGUCCGGGCGUACCUGGUCUGCGGGAAGGAACAGCAAGCUUUGCGAUUCCUGGAGCGGAUUCAGGCCUCCUUUGAGGAGGUGACGGAGAACCUGGUGCAAGAUGGGCUGGUGCAGCAUGCGCUCACGUCGGGCGAGCACGGGCGGGCGUUGGAUCAGGCCAAGACCCGGUUGCGCGAUGGAGCCCUCGAUCAUGCCAUGUCCCAGAUCUGCAUUGCCGCGGCGGAUGCGGGUAAUCUGCAGACAGCUUCCGAAGCAUACGAUGCUCUCCCCACCGACAUGACCAUUCGUCAGAGGCCCGCCAUCUCGAUGCUCGCCUUGCAUGUGCGUCAGGGCAAUGUGUCAGCUGCCCGGGCUGCAACGCCGGACAUGGUCCAGCCGACCGCCAUGUAUGCAGUGGCCUUGUUGAAGAGUGGUCAGAUCGAGGAAGCUUUGGUCCAAGCUCGCAAUAUGUUUUCUCGUGUCCGCAACGCUUCUGCUGUCGCCGACAACUCUAGCCUGAACCCCAUCCGCGAACAGAUCAACGAAAGCCUUCACCUCAUCGGUCGCGUUCUUGUGCAGACAGCGGCUGUCCUCUCUCCUCAAGCUGCCAUGUCGCUCCUGUGGUCGAUGGUCGAGAACGGAGGCCUGAUCUCCCCCGUCGCUGAACAUGUUGUCGCCAGCCUUGGUCCUAUCGGUAUCUCUCAACUGAACGCCCGCGAUCUCAUGCUUGCCCUCCAGGUCCAGGCUGGCAUGCUGGUCAACCACAGCGCCGUGUUCGAUGUGGCUCACCCCAUUCCUACUGGGUUGCCCAUGGACGCCGUCACUACUCGUGUCGUCGACCAGGCUGUCGGCAAGCUGUUCAACAGCCGGCCCGACAUGGUCAAGAGAUGGCACGACCACCUGGCUUUGACGUCCAGCCCGUCCUCCUUCAUGAGUGGCCGCCACUCUCCCAGCUCGGAUGUGUCGACGAUGACCCCCAUGUCCUCCACCGAUGACUCGUUUGACCCUUACGCCUACGCCACCGACUUCCGCGGGUCGUCGAUGAUUUCCGACGAGCUAGAGAGCACCAGUGGCAAGCUGGAGGCUCAUCUGAACGACGCUCUUUCUCGGGUUCGCAACAUGCGCCGCAACGGUCGUCACCCUCGCUACAUCACGUACGCCAAAAUGAUUACGGCUGCUACUAAGUGCAACCGGGUCGAUCUGGCCUACGAGAUCCUGAGCAUGGCUAGACGCGACGUGCCUCUUCUUCCUCAGUACAGCGCCGUCAAGUACGGCUGGGUUUCGAUCCUGGAUGCUAUGGUGGCGUCCUGUCUGACUCUGGGCGAUCGCAGCCAAGCCUCCAAGUUCCACCAGGAGCUUCUCGAACUUGGCUCGGCUCCUUCUGCCAACACCUUCGGUCUGUACAUUACCACCCUCAAGGAAUCCACCAAGACGUUCGACGAAGCCACCGAGGCCUUGAAGAUCUUCCACCGCGCCGUGGCUGAGGGAGUGGAGCCUACCUCGUUCCUGUACAACGCGCUCAUCGGUAAGCUGGGCAAGGCCCGUCGGAUUGAUGACUGCUUGCUGUAUUUUGCCGAGAUGCGCGCCAAUGGGGUCCGUCCGACGAGUGUCACCUACGGAACGAUCGUCAAUGCCCUCUGCCGGGUCAGCGACGAGCGUUUUGCCGAGGAGAUGUUCGAGGAGAUGGAGUCCAUGCCCAACUACAAGCCCCGUCCCGCCCCGUACAACUCGAUGAUCCAAUACUUCCUCAACACCAAGCGGGACCGCAGCAAGGUUCUGGCCUACUACGAGCGCAUGCUGACCCGGAACAUCCAACCUACGAUGCACACCUACAAGCUGCUCAUCGACGCUCACGCCUCCCUGGAGCCCGUGGACAUGCCGGCGGCUGAGAAGGUCCUCGAGACCAUCAAGGCUGCUGGCCAGCGUCCCGAUGCCGUCCACUACGCGUCCCUGAUCCACGCCAAGGGAUGUUCUGUUGCGGAGGAGCGCAAGGUGCGGAUGCAACCCUGUCUGUACCAAGCCCUUCUGGAGGCCAUGGUGGCCAACCACCAGGUCGCGCAGACUGAGGAGAUCAUGACGGCCUACAUUGCCAACACUCUCAUCCACGGAUGGGCCACGGAGGGCAGCGUGGCCCAGGCUAAGACGGUGUAUGACAGCAUUGGCAUCGAGAAGCGGGAGCCUAGCACCUAUGAAGCGAUGACCCGGGCCUUCCUGGCCAACAACGACCGGGAGGGAGCCUCGCGCACCGUGCAGGAGAUGCUCUCGCGCGGAUAUCCCGCGGCCGUGGCUAGCAAGAUCGCCGAUCUGGUGGGCACGGGAGCUGCUGUCGCUGCUCUCUCCGGACGUACCUCUACGAUGAAUCCCGGAUCACUGCCCGAUGGGCCCAGCCACGACGCAAAACAUCCCAAGAAGCUGAUCUUCGCUCCAGGAGACAUCCAGACUACGCCCGAGCCAAAAAUCACCCCCACCGAGACGCCCGAUCCCUCUGCUACAGCCACCGGAGUCACAACAGCACCAGCACCCAUCUCUCGUCUCGCCGCAGAAGCCCUUCGCUCGAACGCAUCGACCCCCGACUCAGUGACUGAAAAUGAGAUCGUUUCCCACCCUGCCCGCGCUCACCAGUUCGUGAGCAACCCACCCCUCACUAUCUCCCAGAUGCACCCGACCAACCCUCUCCACCAAUUCCACAACUGGUUCCGCGAUCCCCGUCUCCUUCCGUCGUCCGCACCUGAAACCUGCACCCUCGCUACAGCCAGCAUGCCCUCCGGUCGGGUGAGCGCCCGUGUCGUAUACCUCAAGGAGCUGGAUGAGCGAGGCUGGGUAGUUUACAGUAACUGGGGCAGUCGAGAAGGCAAAGGCGGACAAGUAUUUGGCAAUCACGCAGACGGCGAGGACACGCUCAGCGCCAUGCCCGAACCAGGCCAGGACGAGUCUCUUCAAGCAGGACUACAAGAGGGCAACAAAUGGGCGGCAUUGACAUUCUGCUGGUCGAAUCUGGAACGUCAGGUGCGCAUCGAGGGUCUCGUCGAGCCGCUCAGUCGCGAUGAGAGUGAAAUGUACUGGCGUACUCGGGAACGAGGGAGCCAGAUCGGAGCUUGGGCGAGCUGGCAGAGCAAGGUGCUGUGGUCUAUGGAGCCGGAGCUGCUUCUGGAUCGUCGGCGCAAGAGCUUGGAUCCGACUUUGUGUCCGCAGAUGCAGGUCCCCGGGGAUGUGGACGCGACGGACAUCGAUGAUGGGCGGGCGCUGUUGGAGAAGCGGGUCAAGGAGAUGGAGGAACGGUUUGCGGGGGUCGAGCAGAUCCCUCUGCCUCCGUUUUGGGGAGGAGUGCGCUUGGUCCCUGAGUCGGUGGAGUUCUGGCAGGGUCGGCGCAGUCGGUUGCAUGACCGAUUCCGGUAUGUGAGGGUGCAUAAGGAGGACGGGGAGGAAGGGGGGUAUAUAUGGCGGAUUCAGAGGCUGUCGCCAUGA